AUGACAGAGGAGCAAAGAGGCGUACCGCUGUCAGAGCUCAGCUUGCAACAACUCGGGGAGCUCCAAAAGAACUGCGAACAGGAAUUAACUUUCUUCCAAGACUCUUUCAAUGCUUUGAAGGCACUUCUGUCACGAAACGAAAAGAGCAUUUCAGCAUUGGAAGAUGUGAAGGUUGGCACAGCAGGCCACACAGCUCUCAUUCCACUCUCCGAAUCGCUGUACAUCCGCGCUGAACUAUCUGACCCAAACAAGCACAUGGUUGAAAUUGGAACUGGUUAUUUUGUGGAAUUGGAUCGCGAGAAGGCCAAGGGAAUUUUUGAUAGAAAAAAGGAGCAUAUUGCGAAGCAGGUUGAGACCGUUGAAGGAAUCCUGAAAGAGAAGAGAAGAACCCGCGCUUACAUUUCAGACGCCUUCCAGACGAAAGUCCAAGCACAGCUUGCCAACAUGAACACCCAACAAAGUUAA